AGCUGAAAACACAGUGUGUCUUUCUCUGGACAAAGAAACGCAUUAGUUACAUUUGUAUCAAAGAUUGAAAUCCUCUCUGUCACAAUGAAGACCUUGAUUUUUCUGCUUCUUCUGGGAAUACACGGCGCGGCGGCAGUGACUCACUCUCUUAAGUAUUUCUACACUGCAUCUUCUGGAGUCCCAAACUUUCCAGAGUUUGUGAUCGUUGGUUUGGUUGAUGAAGUUCAGACUGAUAUCUGUGACAGCAACAUUAAGAGAGCAGUACCCAAACAAGACUGGAUGAACAAAAUCACAGCAGAUGAUCCACAAUACUGGGGCCGGCAAUCUCAGAUCUGUAUGGAUACCCAGCCAUCCUUCAAAGCCAACAUUGAAACUGUAAAGCAGCGCUUCAACCAAACAGGAGGAGUCCACGUUUACCAGAAGAUGUACGGCUGUGAGUGGGACGAUGAGACUGGAGAGGUUGAUGGUUUUCGACAGUAUGGCUAUGAUGGAGAAGACUUUGUAGUAUGGGACUUGAAGACAAACACCUGGAUCGCUCCAACACCACAGGCUGUCAUCACUACAAACAAGUGGAAUCAUGACAACGCUGAGUUAGAAUACAGAAAGAACUACCUUGCCCAGAUCUGUCCUGAGUGGCUGAAGAAGUAUUUGGACUAUGGGAGGAUCCUUAUGCUGAGAACAGAGCUUCCCUCAGUGUCUCUCCUCCAGAAGACUCCCUCCUCUCCAGUCAGCUGCCACGCUACAGGUUUCUUCCCUCACAGAGCUGCGAUGUCCUGGAGGAAAGAUGGAGAGGAGCUUCAUGAGGGCGUGGACCAAGGAGAGAUCCUCCCCAACCCUGAUGGAAGCUUCCAGAUGAGUGUUGACCUUUCAUCAGUCAAACCUGAAGACUGGAGGAGGUACGACUGUGUGUUUCAGCUCUCUGGAGUGAAGGAGGACAUCGUCAUCAAACUGGACAAAUCAGUGAUCAAGACCAACGAGAAGUCCCCUCCCCUGAUCGCCAUCAUCAUCGCUGCAGUGGCGGUUCUCGCUCUCGUCAUCGGCGCUGUUGGAUUCUUCAUCUACAGAAAGAAGAGUGCCAAGCGUCCUCCAUCUCCUGUGAGCAACCCGGAGGUCAUGGAGCAACUGAAUCCAAGCGCCUGAGCAACAAACACUCCAGCCUGAACACAGUUCAUGGAGACAUUCAGCUCUGGAUCAAGGAGCCGUGUCACCACAUGCUCCUCCAUCAACUGGGAAUCCACUGAUUAUUCAUCAACAAAACAUAAAUUUAUAGAGUCAGGGCUGGAAAUCUAUUGGUUGGAAUAAAGAGAACACAGAAAAAUGAAUUGACAAAUAUCAAAAAUAAAAGGUGAUCAUUUAGUUUAAAAUGAAAAAGUGGAAUUACCACUGAUAAAAUAUUUGCUUAGAUAUUGGUAAAUGAAAUGAUUAUUUUUUCUUUACCUGGGGCGAAAUUAAACACUGAUAUUCAAAUCAAUGAAAGCGUCACAGCUGUGUUCAAACACAGACAAUUCAUUUAGGAUUUAAGAUUUGUGUGUUCAUCUAAAUCUAACCCACCAUAUUUACACUUUCAUAUUUCUGGUGUUGGGUUUUCUUGUAAAAUCAAUAUUGAUAAUACAAAUCUAAAUAUACAGAAAUAUAGACACACACACAUCCACACUCUGUACAUGCUUUCCCCUUGUCAAAUACAUACACUAGUGUCUGGCGAUAUGAUGAUGUCACCUGGAGAUAACUGGUUCCCUGGUCGAAUAAAACCACAAUACUGCGAAUCAAUCAGCAACAUCCAAAAACAUGCAACAUGAAAUGGAGAUUAACCAUGUGAUUGGCUUCCUGCCUGGGACUGACUCCAGGCCCCUCAGACUCUCAGCAGGAUAGAAACUGGAUGGAUGGAGUUUUGCGUCACUGUGGUGAAUGAACUCUUUAAUUGACACAUAUUUCCAUCUGGUCACUGCUGCAUCUCUAAACAGUCACUCAUUUAGUUUCCAGGAAAUAUACUACUUCAUUACUACACAUGAAGUAACAUCAAAUUACAUAUACAAUGAUAGGUGGUAUCACUCCUAGACACACACACACACACACACACACACACACACACACACACACACACACACACACACACACACACACACACACACACACACACAAAACACAAGCAUCAGCAUUUAUUUCCAUUUCCAUGUGUAAAUAUAUUUUGCUUGUAUAUUUCUUUGAAACUGAUAAAAGUUAAAAUAUUGUUUCGUUUAGAUUCUAAUCAGGCCGAAGUGAAAAAUAAUUUAUGUCUAUCUUAAUGAAUGAAGAGUAUAUUGUUUUUUGUUCCAUAUUAUCCAUAAUUAGAUGUGUUUUAAACAUUAUGUUUUGAGUUUAUUCUUGAUUGUUAAAGGGCUGUGGGAUGUUUUAAGAUUCUCAGCACCGAUAGAAAACAUUUCCUGUUGGUGUUCAGGGACGAGGGACUGUUUCUCUCUCAGCUUUGCAAACAUUUAGAAAUUGAACAGUGACGCUCAAAAUGUCGUCCUGUGUCGGGUUAUAGAAAUGAAUAUUAAUGAAGUUGGUUUUUCAUGCAUUUGUACUUUUGUUUUGCUCCUUUAAUAAAGUCCCCAAAAUUCCA